AUGGGAGCGACGGUGGGGACGGAGGCAGCGGGGGCGGACGACGUCGAGGUCGGGGUGGCGUCGGGCGAGGCAGAGUUGGGGGUGGUGAUGGAGGUGACGGAGGUGGCGGACUGGGGUGGCUACGGCGGUCGCGGACAGAAGCGUGGUGACGGUAGCGUCAGGGGAGGUGUCGGGCGAGGCGGCAUCGAAUCGGGUGAGGGUGCGGUGAUGAGGGGGCUGGCGAUGUGGACGAGUGGGCGGCGGUGGGGGGGAGGGGGCGGCGUGGGGGACGAGGGGGUAGCGCGGCUGACGGCGGCGUGGGGCGAUGAGGGUGUGAAAGAAGAUGGAGGCAGCGGCAUAAUGCGUAAAUUGGCUAAGAGUUCAGGGAGGGCGCUACUGCGCAGCCUUUAA